AUGGGGGCCACGCUGCUGAGCUGCGUCCUGCUGCUGCUCUGGCCACCCUCGGCUCGGGCUGACGUCCUGGUGCAGCCAGAUUUUGAUGCCAACAAGUUCUCAGGCCUCUGGUACGUGGUCUCCAUGGUGUCUGACUGCACGGUCUUCUUGGGCAAGAAGGACCACCUGCUGAUGUCCACCAGGGACAUCAAGGCCUCGGCGGGGGGCAACCUCAGCGUCCACAUGGAGUUCCCCAGGGCUGACGGCUGUAACCAAGCGGAUGCGGAGUACCUGAGAGUUGGUGCCCAGGGGCACUUCCGAGUCCCAGCCUUGGGCUACCUGGACGUGCGCGUGGUGGACACGGACUACAGCUCCUUCGCCGUGGUCUACAUCUACAAGGAGCUGGAGGGCGCGCUCAGCACCAUGGUGCAGCUCUACAGCCGAACCCGAGAAGCGAGUCCCCAGGCCCUGGAGGCCUUCCAGGACUUCUACCCAACGGUGGGGCUGCCAGCGGACAUGGUGGCCAUGCUCCCCAAGUCAGGGGGACAGGCACGCACCCUGAGGGCUCCGGAGACCCAGUUUGGCCCUUCCCAGUUCGAGCUGGAGCAGCGCCGAGCCGUCCUGACCCACAGCCCUCCGGCCCUGCAUCUCCCCGUCCCCCACCCUCUGCGGGCAUCUCCUGGGGCCUCCCCCUUCUGCUCAAUAAACAGAUUCUGCAGUUUUGAGGCCCCUGGAUUCUUUGGAGAGGUCGUCAGGGAGGACCCUGGGUCCCCGCCGUGA